GUGCACAUCAAGUGUCAUCCCAAAGAAAAAGGCGUCCCCAUUUUGUCCAAUCGAAACGUCAGAAACGUCGGAUACGCCCAACGUGACCGGUCCGCUGCACGAUUCGACGUGCAGAUCUCAUUUCUCCUCUUCUCAGAUGGUCGUGCAGACCCAGAGGUUCAAAUCGGCACAUCUCCAGACAUGUCGUGCAAACAGCCUUGCGUGACUGACCCUUCUGCAUUCGUGAACAAAGUCUUGGAGGGCAAGCUCUCCAUCCACGAAUCCCGACGACCAGUCCUCAAGAAGCAUGUCGCCGCAAUGGUCUGCAAUGUGCAACGGGGCCUGCGGCUUGAACCGGUGGCUCUUUUUGGGGCCUGGUCCGAUGCUGCAGAGCAACAAGUACUGCGCUCACUACGAUCAAAGCAGGCAGCGCUAUUGGCUUUGGCAUCCCCUCCGCCAGUCUUGGCUUUGAAGGAUGCACCACUGACAGUAUGUGGUGGGGCCGCCGUGACGCCCUGUGCCGCAUCGCCGCCGCCGCGCUGUGGCCUGGUGGCGACGUGGCGGACAUGGGCGGCGAGUGCACGGUGUGUGGAGGCCCAGGGCGGUGGCGGGGAAGUCGAGAUGUUGGCGCUGCUGUCAGAUGAUCUUUCCCUGUUGAGGAUGGAUGCGCGACUGAAGGAGGCUUUUCGAGAUGCUCCCUUCGGUGGAACUGAACAGGACUUUGUCCGGGCCUGGAGACGAGCCAUUGCAGGCAGUGGUGCCAAAGGCGUAACGUGCAUUAAGGAGGCUUGGCGGCAGCAGCAGCAACUUGAAGGCGACCCAGAGAAGUUGGGUCGCAGGGAGAUGUUGGAGCACCUGCAGCGAAAGAUGGAUCUGGAGUUCCUGCGAGAGCAUGGCCUCAAUAAGAAGUUGGAUCGGCUCCUUAAGUCCUUGACCAAGCAACAGGUGCUAGAUGCCUGGAAAGCGGCAGGAGAGGUCGGAGCUUCGUCUCAAGGCCCACGGCCACGUGGAAGCAGCGUGGAACUGCUGGAAGCGGUGAAGGUGCCAUUGGCGCGGCUGCCUGAGGGAUCCAUCGUAGCCCUUUUGCACGAGGACUGUGAAGCGGAGCUCAAUCUCUUCCUGAGGCUCACCACUUCGGCCCCUGCAGUCCCUGCGGUCCCUGCAGUUCUGUUUGUGUUGGGUGCGGUGCGCGACAUGACGCAGCAGGAGCUGGAGGCAUUGCAACUGGCAUCGACGGCCUUGAAGCUGAAGCUGGUACGUUUGCGCAUCGGUGCCACGCCUGAGUUCAGUUCCAAGGUGGUGCGAUGUUUGGCCGCGGCGCAUUUGCACGACCUGGUCCUUCCUGCUGUGGAAGAUGCGAUCAACGCCAAGAAGAAACUUCGAAAGAAGCAGGCCUCCGGCGGGGUGGACUUCACUUUGCUCUACGCCUUGGACUUCGAGGCCUCCGCGGUGGACCUUCAAACCGCCGGGCGGAGGAGACUGCUGCAGCUGCUGCAGUUGUGCGUGUGCACCUUGUGGCGCUCGAAGAUCGGAGAUGCCUUGACCGAAGGAGAUGUCAUGGCGGGACGCUACCUGGAACCGCAUCUCCGUUUGCUGUUUUCCGACGGCACCACCCUGUCGUUGGGCACUGGCUUUGUGGAAGGCAUGUCGAGGUCGCACAAGGCAGCGCCCACCGAACGGCAACUUUUGGAAGCCUUGCAGACGCGGCUGCAGCGAAAAACGCCUGGACCAUGGCAAAAGCGCUUGAGGAACCUCCUGGCGAAAGCGGCGCAAGCAGACGCAGACGGGUGUGCACUACUUCUGAGUCAUGAGGGUUGGGAUCCCUUUGCCGCGCACGCUUCGACUGCUUCGACUGCUUCGACGCGCAAAGACGGAGACGUCUCGGUUGAAACGGUGAAGGGCGUGCUGCUGAUGGCAGCAGCGUCUCCCAGCCUUGCAGAAAAGCUGCGCAAGAGCUGUGAGGAAAUGGAGCUUCAGACGGUGCCCGUGUCAUUGGCGCACCAAAAUGCUCCAAGUGCCGUGGUCAUGUUGCAGUUCAUGCAUUACUGCAACACCCUGUCGCCCAUCUUGCAGCGCCUCGCGGCCGCGCGUUGCGCUGCAAGCGGAAAACAGCCGCUGAAAUAUGAUGGCCGUGGCUGCUUUCGAUGUGAUGAGAUGAUCAUCGCUGUUUCCCCUGCACCAACGGGUGUUGUCUUUUCACGGUGCUAUAUUUCCUUCCUUUAA